AUGGACCAUUCAUUCAUGUACGUCCUCAACUGGGACGUCCUCCUUCACAUCACCACUUUCCUUGAACGUCGUGAUCUAUCCCGUCUCUCCAAGACUUGUCAUGCUUUACACGCCAUUACCCUCAGACAGCUCCUUUAUGGCCCCAUCGACCUCCGCCCAGAUACCCUACUGUCAUUCCAUGGCUUCUUGACUGGUGACUUGACAUCCCCCCGAGCGCCGUUCGUCAGAGACCUCAUCAUUAAUUGCUCAUUAUCUCGUCCACGCCGACGGUGCAAAGACUCCGGGGAUAACGAAGACCUCAUUCCGGCCGCGGAAAUCCUUACUGCAAUCCUCCGGAGCACCUACCGCCUGAGAAGGCUGGAGCUCGACUGGGCCGCCGCAGGUCUAUCCAGCUAUCUGCACGACACCGUGUCCGCGCUAGCCCAUCUAGAGGAGCUGCGCAUUCCGUUCGUCUCUCAGAGGCUGUGGGAUGACCUCCAGGGCCUCCGCGCGCCUCUGCGCAAGCUGUCGAUGCAACUUGGACCUAUGCAAGGUUCAUCCGUGGCGGACCCCCUGCCUCUCAUGGAACGCUUCUCGUCGACGCUCAAGGAGGUCAGCCUCGCCAGUGUACAAUUCAAGGAAGGGUCGGUCCAAUAUCCCGGCGUGCACAAGCUCUCGCUCUCCGACUGUUACUUCGAUUUCCUGCUUGGAGGCAUUGACGCUACGCCUGUAUCGGCCGCCUUCCCCAACGUCACGGAGCUGUCGUUCUCCGCUGCGCGAGUGCACCCGGAGGUCUCUCAAUGGUUUGAAGGCCGGAACUGCGACAAGCCGGAGCUCAUCGAACGCUGUCGCCGGACGAACAAGGACGAACUGAAGCAGGACGGCGGCUGGCAGCACCUGCAGUGGGUCCGCGUGGGCCACGUCGUCGAUCUCUACAUGCUCGGCCUGGGUCGACACGUCCCUCACGUCGAGAUCGAGAUGCUCUCGGAGUCGACAUUCCAUUUGAUGCAGGACGUGCUGCGAGAUACCACCCCGUCGUCUCUCUCGCUCUCACUUUUCGCUGUGGACCGGAUCCUCGACUGCAUACCCCGCCUGUUCUGCGCGGGAGAUGCGACAGAUGGUCUCUCGCAUUUCGCCUUGACGCUGCGAUGCGUGAAGCCGACUGUUGAUAUGGACAAGCUCAUUACUCAUCUCUCCGAGCUGCUUGCGCCUCUCCGGGUUGAACGUCUCACGGUCCACUUGCAGAGGUGGGACACCGUCGGCAUCUACUACCUGCCCGAGGAGGACUUGCGUCCUAUCGACGCUUGUCUGGACCGCAUAUACGCACAAGCGGACGACUUUGCUGGUCGGAUGAUGCAGGGCAUCCCGUCCUUACGCGACGUGUACGUACGUGUAGAGCUUGAGGACGCGGAACGCUCGAAGGAUUGGUACCAUCCCUUAAACUGUGAAGAAUAUAUCCACGGUUAA